AUGGGUUAUUUAGUCGUAUUAGGGUGGAUUACUCUCCUGAUCGCAGUGGUAAACAUUGAAGCUCAAAAGAAGCCCUCUAUAAAUAUCGGCUCAAAAUGUCUGGGGAACAUCAUGCGUGUGGAUGUUGGUCCGCUCGGAGGGAAUCUGCUUGAAGUUGCAGUUGUCAUAAAUAACUCUGCCAUCCUUCUCACGCCAAGUUUAGUGUCUCAGUGUGGCUUCAGCAUGAAGACAGACCAGCUGGGGAACACCGUGAUUUAUGCCUCCCUUCAAAACUGUUUUGCUCAAAACCUGGAAGAUAAAGCAUACACAACAACACUGAAUCUUCGAUUGCAUGGGAACCGGAUGGUUGAAGAUGAGCUGUACCAGGUGGCUGAAACCUGCCACUACCCUGCCUGGGCCUCCAGGGAAAUAGUCUGUAAUCGUAACUAUAUGGAGGUGUCUGUGAAGAGGGCAGCUCCAGACGAUUAUGCCCUGCCUGGACAUCCUGUCCCAGCAGCUAAUUCAAAGUUUGGUGAUCCUCGACGAGCUGCAGAGAAAACGCCAAUAGAUGCUGGAUUCAGAAUCACAACACUCGUGUUCUUCACUCCUGAGGAAAAGACUAUGAUGGUGACUGAGGCCCAGAGAAGUGGUUAUGGGAUAGCAAACACUCCUUCAAGGCUGGUCCUGCGAAGCCCGAAGACUUCGCCUGAAACAUACACCCAGAAUGUAGCAGGAGUGCCUAUGACUGUGCUCAAAACCUCUACCAUCUUUGAAAAGAAGUGGCUGGCGACUCAAAUCGAUGCAGCGGCUGCCUGUCCGAUACUGGAGGGCAGCGUUUCCUUCACUCCAAACCAAAUCACCUGGUACCUGCCCCGGCACAUCGACCCGCUGAUUUCCUCCCGACAGUUCAAACUGUUGGAGGUGCACAUGGGCGUAGACGGCCAGAGACUGGACGCUGCUGAGAUGGCUGCCAGACAAUACUCCUUGUUCAUCAGUGACAUUCAUAUCGUCAUCCAAAUUCCUGUUGGGGCCGUUGGUGGCUACUUUAAGAGUCAUGUUCAGGAUGAUCAGUACGUCACCUCAUACACGAUUGAGCCCAUGCUCGAGUUGCUCUGGACUGAAGACGCCACUAAUGAGGACACCAGAUACAAAGUCCUCCUUCCCAUCACCACACCGUUGCUGUCUCAACCUCCACAAGUUAUUGACAACACUGUUCCAGAGGAGUGGAUAUUUAAGGUGCUGCUUGGGCCUUUUGGUUCAGAUGUGGCACUAAUGAACAUUACCUUCCCCUCUGAGGUUUUGUCUGUGGCAGACUGCAGUGCCAGAGGCUUUAAAGUCCUUGAGCACAUGUCCCCUAACAGCAGCUCAAAGGUCUUCACACUUGAAGUGCCCUUCACGGACCCUGUCGUACUACAAAUGAGAGAAAUGGGAGUAACGGUGUACUCUCUUCACCUGACCUUUGGUUUGCUGGUCCUGCCAGAGUUUGCUCCAUUUUCUCACACAGCUUAUCUGGAAGCUAAAUUGAUAGACACAGUUCCCCCCUCUAUCUAUGGCGGCUGUGAUUAUCAAAGCUUCUAUGUCCUCGUGAAAUAUGGGACCGAGGGCUUCAACUUUCAGACGAUGGUGGGUAAACGACUGUUGACCCCAGGUCUGGCUCAGCAGUACGGCUUCUCGGAGAACGGCACGCACUUGAGUUUGGCAGUGCCGUUUUCAGCCCCUGAUGUUGUGUUUGAGGCUGUUGAGUCGUCAUCCAUCAGGAACAGACUUGACGUGGUUCUGAGCAAUCCGGAAACCAACAAAAUUGUCCAAGAAUUCUCUUUAGCUUGCAAUUUCGCCUCAACACUGACUGAGUGUUUUCCUAACGGAACCAUAACGGCUCUGGCUGUGAAACUAGAGUCGGUUCCCAGUCUGAACCCCAGUCAGCUCACCCUCAGAGACACUAGCUGUGGUCCGUCCUACAGCAACGACCGCUACGCUUACUUCGUCUUCACUGGGAACUCCUGUGGGACGACCAGAAAGUUUUUUCCCAAUGUGAUGCUGUAUGAAAAUGAAAUCUCCCUGCCAGAUGAACUUCAAAAGACGAGGGAUCCAAAAACAGAAGAGCCUGAGUAUGAGUUAAGGAUUUCUUGUUACUAUGAUAUCAACACGACCCACGCUGUAGCCUUCCACACCAGACCUCGAAGGAGUGAACCUUAUGCUGAAAAUGCAAAAGGCGAGCUGCAAGUUGCAAUGAGACUCGCUACAGACAACUCCUACAGCGUGUUUCACAGAGCUGAGGAGUAUCCUCUUGUGAAGUACUUACAGCAGCCACUGUAUUUUGAGUUUGAGCUGAUGAGGUCCACAAAUCCCAAAGUAUCGCUGGAGCUUGAGAACUGCUGGGCGACACUGAAUAAUGACAGGACCUCCAAACCCAGAUGGAACCUCAUCAUUGAUGGCUGUGCAAACCCAGUAGACCCGUACCAGGUCGUGUUCCAUCCUGUUUGGGUUGAUGCCAGAGUUCAGUAUCCUUCUCACUUCAAACGCUUUGAGGUCCAGAUGUUUGCCUUUGCUGAAGAUCAGGAUAACUUGAGUCGCCAGCUCUUUGUCCACUGUGAUGUGGUGAUCUGUGAUGCCAGAAAUCCACUGGGUGGAGUUUGUAAUGGGCAGUGUUCAAACCAGCAAAACAAGAUAAAAGGUCAAAGACGUGCCAUUUCAGAUGGACACAGUUUCAAACAUCUGUCAUCAGGACCCAUACUUAUAAGCUAA